CACUGGCUGGAGGCGGAGGGAUCCGCUCGUCAGUGCAGCGGUCCUGACGGCGAAUCCGUCCCGGAGGCCUCGGCUGUCGGGGGUCGGUGAAGAAGCUGAUUUCUGCUUUCACAGGAUGGAGGACAAAGUGGACGAAGAAAUUUAUUCUACAGUCACCGACAUCCAAGACGAACCUUCUCCUCAAAGUAAAGAAGAAGAAGAUGAUGAAGAAGAAGUGCAACAAGCACUCACCAAGUCUCGUCUGUAUUUGGUGGGCGGUGUGAUUUUAUGUGGCAUGGUAGCUGCAACAGCUGUCUACAUGAGUAUAAAGUCGACUGCGCUACAGGAAAGUAUCGAUGAUCUUACAACAGACACACAGAACCUGAUGGAGAGAAGGAUGACGUUGAAGGAAGACAUCGAGCAUCUGAUAGAAGAGAGAGAGACAGCUUGUGACUCAUGUCCAGCUGACUGGAUUCCCUACAACAACAAAUGCUACCUGUUUUACGACAGGCCACCUCGUUGGAAGACCUGGGAAGAAAGUCGAAGGAUCUGUCAGAUUAGACGAUCAGAUUUGGUUGUAAUUGAUGAUCUGGAGAAGCAGAAAUUUGUCGCCAAACACAUCAAAUACUACUAUGAUAAAGACCAUGGAUACUGGAUGGGGUUGCAAGAAAUUAACAAGACCUGGAUCUGGGUUGAUGGACGUGUAGACACUCUUGGGUUCUGGAUAAAGGAGAACUUCACCAUUCUGCAACCAAAAGCUCUGGUGGUUCCAAGACUAAAUCCCUCAGAGAGCUGGAAGAAAGAAAUGAAUGAGUUUCAGAACAAAUUCAUCUGUGAGCGUGACGCUCGCAAGCCUUAAUGUAACUGACUGUUCUCUUAAUGUUUCAUGCAGGAAUAUCAAUUGUGUCAUGUGUAUAUACAAUGCAUUUCAUCAUGACUUUCAUCAAAUGCUGGU